AUGGCCAUUGAACUCAUCCCGCUGCCGCUUCCUGCGAGCGCCGAUCCGUCCAAGUUCCAGCACUUUGGGCGUGAGGUUAGGGGCGUUGACCCGGCGAACUUCACGGAGGAAGAGUUCAAGGAGAUCGAGGAGGCCUUGUACAAGCAUGAUGCGCUCCUAUUCCGGGGCACUGAUCUCUCUCCGGAGAAGCAGUAUGCGCUCACCAAGGCCUUCGAUCCGACCUGCGAGAGCUAUGGCCACGGAAACAACAAGACUGGCAGCGAGAAGAAGUCGAUCCUUCAUCCCGAUCUGAAGACCAUCCCCCGUGUUCCCCAGGUGCAGCUCAUCGGCAAUGGCACCGUGUACAACCACGAGGGUCUCGCCGAAGCCAUGCUCAAGCACCCCUCGCAUACCACCUUCCACAAGACACGCGUCUCGCCCGAGGACGAGGCGAAGGGCCACACCCGCUUCUACCGCUGGCACAUCGACGCCGCGCUCUACGACCUCUCCCCGCCGAAGGUGACGACUCUGUACGGGAUCGAGGUCCCCGAUGGUUCGCCGCAGGUGUGCCGCUACGACGAUGGAACGGGCGACGAACUGCCGGUGCCGCUGGGCACGACGGCCUUCGUGUCAGGGCGCACGAUGUUCGAUAUCCUGCCGCAGGAGCUGAAGAGCUUGGCGGUGCGCUCGCGCGUGAAGUACGCGCCGCACCCGUAUGUGUGGAUGGCGCCGGCGCAUGCGCUGUCGACGGGCCUUGGGCUGGAGAGCGAGGGGCUUGAGCUACCGCUCGACGAACUGCCGCCUUGGGAGGAGAGCAAGCGGAAGACAUUGCCGGUGACCUGGAAGAACCCCGUGACGGGCGAGCUGCACUUCCAGGUGCACCCCUGUGGUGCUGCUGAACUCAUCGUCGACCCCUUGCCGGAGGGUGCGAAGCGCGAGGGUGCGCUCUACCCUGACGGCGCGCAUAUCACGGACCUGAAGGAGGUCCGCGAUCUGCUGUAUAAGAUGCAGCGCCCUGCUAUUGCACCGCCGCUUGUCUACCCCCACGACUGGAAGCCGAAGGACCUCGUCAUCUUCCAUAACCGCGGUGUCCUUCACACCGUUGUAGGCGCGUUUACGAAGGAGCAAGUGCGGGCCUUCCACCAGUGCAACCUUGCCGCGUCGGCGGACCCGACAGGCCCCACGCCGGAGGACGUGAAGAAGUAUGCGUGA